AAUGGUUUUCAGUCGGAAUUUCAUCAUCGAUAAGUCUGCGUGGAAAAUGGAGCGGUAAUAGCUAAAGGAAUAACAACAGCGAAAAACGCAAAGAAAACGGCCUUUUGUCCGCUAUUUCAGCGAAUUUUUUUGUUAAAAGCAAAAAUUUACCAAACGACGACUUCUACCACUGCAACUACAUCCACUCACUACCACCAAAAUCACUAUCAAAAAUAAUAAAUACAUCCAAGCAGCAGCAGCAACGUUGACGUGAGCAGAAUUUUGUGAUGAAAAAAGUUAAUGGUCAAACAGAAUUAACUGCCACAGCGUAUACAGCUAAAGCACCAGCAGCAAAAACAACCGAAAAAAUCUUUCCCAAAUUAAUCAUAUUGAACGCAAUAGAACAUCAGGAGCUAGAAAUUUUGCAAUUUAUUCAACAUCACCAACAAGCAGCAGAGAAAAAUCAAAUUGGCGUAGUAGGGGCGUCAGCUGUAGCAGCACUUGAAACGCAGUCGGACGAAACAUUUGUUGAGUCGACCGCGGCAGAGCUAGCAGCGGCAGCGAACGCAACAGCAGUGAAAAUUUUCCAUAUUGAAAAUUUAAAUUUGCAAGAAUCACCAAAUUCUUCGCUUAAUUCAAUUGAGAUUAAUGCGGAAUCUUUUUUAUGCUACGUUAUUUGACUGUUAGUAGAACAUUGAGAAAAAGCAGAAAUUAGCUUCUCCGAACACCACCAGUUUUAGCACCAGAAAAAACAAUAGCAACACGAUUCUUGCUAGCAGUAAAAUCCAUCACUUAUUCAGCUUUAAUAGAAGCGAUCGUAAUUUCACCUGAAAUUGAGUACCAAUCUAUAAUUGAGAGACGCAGGACGUAUUCGCUAUAAACUACAAUUUAAGGACACGGUAGUUAAAAGUGGAAAAGUACCUUAAGCAAAUAGUUUGGGAAAUUUUAAAAGAAGCGUAAAUUUCCUGUACGGAUUUAAAACAUUUUGGCAAAUCAUUAUUUGCUGGUGGAAACCAGCACAACCAGGAGCAAUUACUUUGAUGACUCCAUCCACCAUUUUGAACGAACAACAACGCUUUAGUAGCAUUCACAGCUGCAGCACAGCUAAAAGUCAACGAACACCCGAACCUCUCGGCAAACGAAAAAGUUGAAGAGGAAGCAGAAGUAGCUGCAGAAGAUCGACUGACAUUCGGCGUAUAAUAAUUGGAAAAGUGAAGAAAAUUGAGGAAAGGAAGGAGGUGAAACAAAAAAAUAAGCGAAAUAAACAAAAAAUAAAACGUUUAAUAUUACAAACGUAAGCCAACAACAUAUAGGAACGACACAUUCAGGCCAGACGGAAACUGGUGUUGCAGCCAACAAGUCGAAGCGAGCCGAAGUGAUAGAUAAAAAUCCACAGACUGUGGUAUAGGCCGCGAACAACUAGGCAAGCAACUGUGUGUAGAUUAAGCAUCAAGGAAAGAAUAGUUCAGUUGUGUGUUCUUUGAACUUGUUCGGGCUUGUUGUUUUGGAAUUUUGUUUCGGAAGCAACUUGAAUAUAUACGUGUAAAUGAGUUGCUUAAUGUCAGUAUUCCAACAAGAAAAGUUCCGGCAAAAAUAAAAAUAACAAUUUCUCGAAAACUUUCAAACUGAAAUUAUAAAACUUUUGCAAUAUCAAACAAUUAAAGAAAAAGUCAGUACGAGAGAAGUGAUUUGUGCUAAUAUAAUAUACGUGCCUGAGUUUUUUUUUUUAAGCGAUUGAUUGCCACUUCAACAAAUUCCAUUUUGAAAUUCUACGCUGAUAGAAAACUACCUUCAAUAAUUAUUUUUCACCAUAUCCCGGACAAAUAUUAUAUCGCCAACUUACUACCGCAAACAAUAUAAAAUCACGUAAACACCGAAAACCGCAAACGAACAAAUUGAAGAGAGAAAAUGGUGGAACGCAUAUUAGAGGAAGAGGAGUGCAACAGCUGCACACCGUCUGCAUCUACUGUUGCCAGUGGUUCCAAUGCAAAAACGGACAACAAUGGCAAAGCUACUAAUUCUGCUGGCAGCGGCAGCGAUAGUGGUGUAGGCGGAGGUGGCACUUUCUCUACGGACACCGAUAACAGCAGUCAAUCAGGCGGCCAUAAUGAAAUCACACGCUAUAGCAGCGAAGAUGUUUCGGGCAACGAGUCCAGCGAGGCGCCGAAAAUGACGGAAAUCGAACGUCAGGCGGAACUCAAUCGCCACAAGGAGGAAAUGCAAAAGAAGCGGCGCAAGAAGAAACGCACCAGUUCCUCUUUGCAUUCGUCAACAUUUCAAGAAUUGUAUAAGCUGACGGGCGAAAUCCUUGGCGAAGGCGCUUACGCCUCUGUACAAACAUGCGUAAAUAUCUACACCGAUUUGGAGUAUGCCGUAAAGGUUAUCGAUAAAAUACCGGGACAUGCGCGUGCGCGUGUUUUUCGCGAAGUGGAGACAUUCCAUCAUUGUCAGGGACAUCCGGGCAUUUUACAAUUAAUUGAAUUCUUCGAAGAUGAUGAAAAGUUUUAUUUGGUUUUUGAAAAGAUUAAUGGCGGCCCCCUUUUGCGACGCAUUCAGGAGCAGAUUUGUUUCUCAGAACACGAGGCAGCGCAGAUUAUCAAGGAAAUUGCAUCCGGUUUGGAUUUUCUGCACAAGAAAGGCAUUGCGCAUCGUGAUCUGAAGCCGGAAAAUAUUUUAUGUGUCGAUCCGGACAAAUUAUGCCCGAUUAAGAUAUGCGAUUUCGAUUUGGGAUCGGGCAUUAAAUUCACCACAGACGUCUCAUCGCCAUCGGCAACCCCACAACUUCUAACACCAGUCGGCAGCGCAGAAUUUAUGGCGCCCGAAGUUGUUGAUCUAUUCGUUGGCGAGGCAAAUUACUAUGAUAAGCGUUGUGACCUGUGGUCACUAGGUGUUAUCGCAUAUAUUCUAUUGUGUGGCUAUCCACCAUUUUCGGGCAAUUGUGAAGAGGAUUGCGGCUGGAAUCGCGGCGAGAAUUGUCGCACCUGUCAGGAGUUGCUCUUCGAGUCCAUACAAGAAGGACGAUUUUCUUUUCCCGAGGCUGAAUGGGAGGAUGUAAGCGAGGAGGCCAAAGAUUUAAUACGUGGUCUACUUGUCAAGGAAGCGCCAAAGCGUCUAAGUGCCGAAGCAGUACUAAACCAUCCGUGGAUCAAGUAUUCGGAGGAAGAGUCUCCGAAUGAUAUUAAGAAAAUGGAGAAUCGGCGAAAGGCGCUGCGCACACCUGGCAAUAUAAGGCGCAAUCAAUCAGCGCGCGAGAUAUCCCGAUUCGCCGAGUCGGCAAUGGCUGUGAAACGCGUGAUACUACAACACUUUUCCAUGCGUUACGACUACAUGAAAGAGCGCCCGAACAUCUAUCAGCCGUCGCAAAUGCAACUGGACGCCCAGAAUGGCGGCACCGGCGCGGACAGCAACAACAGUCCGCCGAUAUUUAUAAAGCCACCACCGCCACGUAGUCGCUCGAUGAAUAAUACGCUGAGCGUCAGCAAUAAUCGUUCCAUCUAUGGCGGUCGCAAUAGCAAUCUGUAUGCCACACGCAAUUCGAGUCGUUUCGGCAACAGCAUUAAUGGCGGCAAAGCGUCGAGCAUCUACCAAUCGGGUGCACCAUCGUUCAAAACACUGAACGUACAUGAAGAGGACGACGACGAUGAGGAGGCGCUGGAAGCAUUUGGACGGCUCGAUGAAGAUGAAGAGUGGGCACAUGUAGGAGAGCAUCAGACCGGAUACUUUUCCGCCGCCAAUGAAGAAGAUUUAAAAGCGGACGUGGAGGCCAGACGUAGGCAAAUGGGGAAUAAUGCUGCAGAUGAGAGUGACUACGAGGAUUAUCCACAUCUUUGGCGUGACAUGGAUAAUGAGGAUGAGGAGUGUGACUUAGGUGUUGAGGUGGGAGAAACCAGCACAAAUAGGCCAUAUGAACAGGAUGGCGAGUGCAGUGAUAAUAAUACGCCCCAUGACUAUGACGAUUACACCAAACGUCCAAAAUACUAUCUAGAUGAUAAUAACGAAGAUAGAGAGAUAGAGCUCAAAGUGGACGAAGAUUUGGAGAACAAAAAUCGUUAUCGUCAUGGUGAUUACGGUGAUAAUGCUAUUACUAGUGAUGCGGAGGAUAGUUCCUGUGUUAGGGGUGAUGACAAACGCAGUAAGACAACAUUACUACAGGGUGCCAUGCAAAUUAAGGAGGGAGAGAGAUCAGCCGGAGCUGAAACUGCUCUCGAGUUAAGUUUUAAUAGAUUACCUAAUAAUGAGAGUAAGGUUAAUGAUGAGAACGUGGAGAACGUAGAGUGGAAGAGGAGGGGCGUUGAACAGGAGCGAAUGUUUGAAGUUAAUGAUUAUGUUAAUGUUGAUCAUAAUAAGGUUAAGGUUAAUGAUGAACUUGAAGAAAAAGUUGCAGAUGAGGCAAAUAAUUCGUUUGCAAAAGCAGAAAUUGAUGAACAUGUUUUCACAUUAGAGGAGAAAGAAAACAUCGAAAAGCAAAAUAAACAACAGCAAAUAGAUUUUGCUAACGAAACGAAAAUGAAUUUCAAUGAAAAUUCAGAAACAAAUUUCAAAACUUAUUAUAACAUCCAAGAUAAUAAUAUUGAAGCUAAUAAGAAGAAUGCUGAUAAUAAAAAUGCUAAUAACUGUAUGGUUAAUCGUAGCAGCAGCAGCAACAACAACAGCAGCGACGCAACCGGCAACAAAGCGGAUGAAUUGUUGCUGGACGCUGGACAAAACCAACUUCCAAUAAGUGAUAUUAAUGAUAUAAAAAUCACCAAUUCAAAUACAACAACAAUUGCAGUUAAUGCAACCAAAACAACUCACACCACCAACGACAACAACAAUAGUAAUGUUUCGAUUAUAGAAACAGAAGCCAAAACAAAUAUUGCAAACAAAAACAUAAUCGAUGCAGAUAAUGUUACAACAACAACAAAAGAAAAUGCUAAAUUAUUGGCUAGUAUUAGUGAUUUGAAGGAAACGCUACCUGAACUUAAUGAGACUGCAAACAUUGUUGUCGCCACGCCAUUAAACGGAGUCGCCACUGAAAAUGCAGCAUUCAAUGAAAAAAGAGGCAAAUCUGCACCGCCCGCCGGCAACACAAUCGAUGAGGAGAACGGAGAAAAAGUUGACGAUGGGCUGGCGACUUCUAAGAACGCGGUGACAACAAUGCGAACGACUUUUGGCAAUCAACAACAACAACAAACACAAAAACAGCUCAAACAGCAGCAGAAGCAGCCGCCAAAGCAAAAUCAAAAGCAGCAGCAGCUACAACAACAACACCAAUAUCAGCAACAACAACAACCACAAAAUCAAAAACAACAAACUUUGAUAAAAUCAAAGCGUUCGCCGCGCGCGAACAAACCACAGCGUAAUGUCUGCUUUGCGCUGGGCAACACCGGCGGUCGCCAUGUUGGCGGCGUUGAUGACGAUUACGAUGCAUAUCAGAACAACAAUUAUGACGCCGAGCUGGAGGAUGAUGCCGACGAGGACGAUGUCACUUACGGCAGACCACGUUCGCACAGCAACAACAUCAAUGCACCUGGUUAUGCACGUCGUCAGCAACAAUACAACAACAAUCAUCGCCGCUACUCACAACCAACAUCCGGCGGCAACAAGCAACAACAGCAGCAACAACAUUCGUCCGGACAAAAAGCCGAAAAUUGGCGCAACCGCGGCGGUAUUCUAAUAAAUGGCAACAAUGCCGGCAACGGCAACGGAGACACAUCGAACAACAGCUCCGGUUUAAGUGCCACGGUAGCAGCAAAUAAUUACCGCAAUAAGUAUCGCUCACAAGGUGGCAACAAUUCGCCUGGCUGGAAUGUGGGUGGCGGCGCUCAACGCAAUGGCGGCCACUACUACAACGCACGCUCCGGCGGUGGCAGUUACAGUCACGUCGGCGUAAGUGGCGCCUCGCCACCAUCCGAUGACAGUGGCAGCGGUUCGGCAGGUGCCAUACACAACUGGCGUAAUGAUUGCAUCUACACGGGCGCACGUAAUUGUGGCAUGCAACAACGACGCAGCUACCAGCAUCCCACACAGCCGCGCUAUUCGCCACCCACACACGAUGGCAACGGCGGCAGCAUUAUGCGCGCACAAUACAACCGAAACAAUCAACAACAGCCGCGCAUCGGCUCAGGACGUUUCACGCAUUCACCAACCGGCAGUAUGUAUGUGCCGCAGUCGCGCGGCAGUGCCGUCAGCGGCAUAUACAAUAGCGGCAACGGUUUUGGUUUGGGAGGUGGCGGCGUCGGCAGUGGUUCACCACCAUCACCCGGUGAGCUGGGCAUUGGACUCUCACCGCCGAGCGAGAGUUUGUUAAUGCAGCGACGUAUGCAUGUAGUAGCAGGCGCUGGGCAGCAUCAUCGCAAUAAUGACUUCGGUGUGGGCGAUUUCUGCCAAUCGGCAACAGCUAACGGUUAAUAAGCGAAAAGUUUACAACAUUCACAUCCAUCAAAACACACACAUAUAUUAUACACGAAACAAAACUUCAUUCAUACAAAGUGGGGCACGAAACGCUCGUUUCACGAACGUUUUGUUGUUCUCAAAACGAAACCAACUCGAUUUCAUUUAUGUAUACUUAUUCAAAAAUCUAAACACUAUGUAACUGUAGGUGUGUCUGUGUGAGUGCAACAAGUGCGAAAAGCGUCUUUGUUAAGUUAAAGUGUGGCAACUAGUAACGGGUGAUUUUUUUGAGGUUAGGAUUUUCAUGCAUUAGUAUUUGACAGAUCACGUGGGAUUUCAGACAUGGUGUCAAAGAGAAAGAUGCUCAGUAUGCUUUGACAUUUCAUCAUGAAUAGACUUACUAACGAGCAACGCUUGCAAAUCAUUGAAUUUUAUUACCAAAAUCAGUGUUCGGUUCGAAAUGUGUUUCGCGCUUUACGUCCGAUGUAUGGUCUACAUAAUCGACCAAGUGAGCAAACAAUUAAUGCGAUUGUGACCAAGUUUCGCACUCAGUUUACUUUAUUAACUUUAAAAGUUAUCAAGCUCUUAAAAAAUCACCCUUUACAUUAUAAGCGAAAGGCGACGGCUCGUCUCUUUGAAAACUUUCUAACCGCCCGCAAUUACUGCUUGAUUGUAAAUUCUCUACUAUCGAUAGUGUUGCCCUCACUACACUUAAAAAGCUGUAAUUCAUGCGCAUGCUGUAACACCUCGCACCCUUUUUGCGCUCACACAUGCACCCACACCAAAAUUCUGAACCUCUUCGGUUUCAAGUAGCACUUAUGUAUUUCAAAAUCUACGAAAAAAAAACAUAUUUUUUGUACUACUCGUAAUAAUUUAAUUUUCUCUUUUGUGUAACGGUUUGAGUGAUUGUUGAGCGUGUUAUUCUCCAAAGCGCGCUUGUCAUGCACUUCGUUUAUAGUUAAAGCCUAGCCUUGCGUAAAAGGCAACGAAAGCUCUAAGGCAUGCGUCAACUCAAAAUUGUAUGAAAUUCGUUGCGAUAUUUUGCCAAUAGUUAAAGCUUACUUUUUCCAGAUUUUAAUUAUUCACAAUUAUUUUAAAUAACUUUCCUGAAUAUUUUUUUCCACGAAUACGGUAUCUCUUAUCUGCCGCGCUCAACAUCACGCUUUCCGAAAUUCCAAAUACACAUAAUUUAGUUGUAAUUACUUCACUAAUACUAUUAGCUCAAAAUUUUGUCUUAUUUUCUGAUACAAAUGUUUAUUUUCCAAUGUGUUUAAUUUUUUUUUAUAUAUACCUUAUAUUAUUUCAAAGACUUUUCGUAACGACUGUUAAAUGUAAACAAAACAAAAAAAAAACAACAACAAAAAAGAAACGCAAACACCAGAGCAAACACAAAAGAAGCAAAGCACACAUGUCAAGUUUGUUGUAAGAUGAUUUAAUAAGGAUGUUGAUGUUAAAUAUGGCUGUUACGAUGGAAAAACAAUGGCUUUUUGGCUCGCUUAUGUAAUGUGUAUUAUGAACGAAAAUGAAAAUAUACAAAAUAAAUGUUCAUAUGUACGAACACCACACACUCAACACAUCUGCCACUGUGCACACUUACUUUUCUUACAUAAUACACAUACACAAAACAUACACACACACACGUACAUAACCAAAACGCAGAAAAAAACGAAGCAAAAAAAAAUUUUGGUAUGACAGUGAAAAAGCGAAGAAAAAACACACACACAUCGUACAAUCCAAAAAGUCGUUCACUUUUUUUUAUAAAAAAAGAUAUGAUAAUUCAUAUAAUUUUUAAUAAUUAUAAAACAAAACUUUUUUGCAUAAAACAAAAUCAUAAAAAAAACAGCACUGAGUUUGAUUCUUUAAUAUUUACUGUUAACUUUACUCUUGUUACGUAACAGAAAGUGGAGGCUUGCGAAGAGCAAAAAUUGCAAAUUACAGUUGUGUUGGCAUUAAUAGCAAGCAGCAACUGCAACUAUAAUAUACACCAAUUUUAACUCACGGCAAUUUUUGCGUUUGCAUAUUAAAAUAUAUACAUAAAUACUAUAUCUAUAUACUUUCGUUCUAAAAUUUAUUAAAAAAAAACAAUGAAAUUGGUAAAAAAAAAUAAUAAAAACUAUUUGUAACUUCCCGUCCCAGACGUGUAGGCAUUGAAGGUUUAAGUAAAAACAAAAACAAAAAACAAGGUUGAGCACAGCAUUUUCCCUAAUAAUUUGCGUUAUGCCAAGAGUUGAGCGUCUAACCGUACAUUUAUUUACAGUAAAAAGUAUGUAAAUGCUAAUUUUGAGGUUAAAAAAUAGCUGAACUUGCGCUAAUCUUCACUCUUAGUUGUUCCGAAAAGAUUAGCCGCUAGAUUUCAGUGUGAAUAAUCCUAUUCCCACAACAGCCUUUUUACGCUGUUGUUUCGGUGGUCUAACCUAUCUAUUGACAAUGUCAAGUGAGUUUUUGCGACUGUCGGAAAACUAUCACGGCUUAAUUUUACGAUUUAUGUACACAAAUUCGAUUAAUUAACGAAAAUAAUUUUCAAAAAACUGAACUUAUUAUUUAUUGAUUAAAAAAAAAGGUCGAGGAACACAUUUUAUCGCAAUUUUUGAUUCUCUAAAAAUGCGUAGCAUACUUUUGGGCGGUCUACUUCGAAAGUACCAGUUGCAGUUACUUUUUAAGUACUUUACGUCAUACUAGCUAAAAGCGGCUUUUAGAAUACUCAAGCCUGUGACCUGUGUGAUAUGCUAUUAUUUCGUACAAAUUUUUAAAUAAACACAGCAUUUUAGGCGUUUGAACCGUGCUAGUAUCUUCAAACUGUAGUAUGUACAGUUGGUUAAUCUUAUUUUGUGAUAUACAGUAAAGAAUGCGAACGAGAAGAGCUAAUUUGGUUGAAUAAAUAAUUUUUGAAAUCUUGAUUUUAUAAGAAAUUCUUUAUUUUUUCUUAAAGGGUAAUGUGUACGUUUUGUAAUUAUAAAGAGGAAUUGCGCUUAGUUCAGCGUGCUGAACACUUAUAUAUAUAAUAUAGUAAGCUUUUAGGCGCUCAAAUUCAUAUUAUAUUGAAAUUCUUAAUAAUUUAUUGCCUACUCUUAGGCGCUCUCAAAUAAUUUGUAAAGGAAACUCGCCGGCUACUUAUAUUUGUUAUUCCACCGGUCUAUCCGCAGCGAUCUCAAAGAGCGCCAAACGUAACAAUAACGGUAGUUUGUGUUUAGUUGGCAUACACGGUUAAUAUUUAUAUUAAAGCAGCCUACUUAGCAGAUAAAAUUGCAAAAGUUAAGUGAUAAAAAUUGGUUACUUUAAAAAUUAAAGAAAAAAAAAAAAUACGAAAACAAAAAGAAAAACCCUUGUUUUAUAUGAGAAAAGCGUAGAAAUACUUAUAUUGCGCUCAAUUUUUGAUGCCAAAGUUGUUGUAUUUGAAUCAUGAGCGUACAGAAGAACUGGGCAGCAAAGCAAGUCAUGAACACGGUUGGUUCAGUUAAACGAGCACACACCCACCCACAAACAAGUGUGGCUGGCUUAGAAACAAAAUUGAAAGUGAAUGAACCGGCGACCCUUUCGUAGCUUGCGUCUGCCUUGGUUUUUCUUAUUGGAAAAUAUUAUAUUUAUUUUAUAAAUGUAUUAGACUUAUACUCUUACACAUUUUCUGUUACGAAAAAACAAAAACAAAAAAAUGUUGAAUAUUUCGAACUGUCGAAAGUAAAUAUUAUGCAAAGAAAAAGUGCAAAAAACGAAGCGAUGUUGCUACAUAUUGUAGUAAAGCGCGCGAGAAAAUUCCAAUUAAGCAUAAACCAACAACAUACAUACAUACAAAUAUAACAACGUACAUACAUUUAUACGACAUACAUACAUACAUAACAAACUUACGAACAUUUAUACUACAUAAAUACAUACAUACAUAACAAGAAACAUUUAGUACACACCGCGCUGACACUUAUCACUAUUACAAAAACAAAAACACAUACAAAAAAACUCAAAUUAUAAAAGUAAAAAACAAAAAAAAAACAAACCAAACUCCCUCUCAAAACAAACAUUUUUAUAUAAACUAUAUAUAUUUUUGCAACUCAGUGAGAAGAAGAAGAGAAAGAUAAUGAUGAUAAAGAAUAGCUGGAGAUAAUGACCCAAAGCGGUAGGCGAAAGUAGUUCUAGCGAGCGUGUUAGAGGCGAGCGAAGCGAAAAUUUAGUAUGUAUGCUAAGUACAUUUGAUAAGAAUCGAAAGCUGAUUGAGAGCACUGAAUCUAUGUACGUAUGUAAUAACGCUACAUUAUGCAACUUUGUCAAAAAAAAAAAACAAAAAAAAAAAAUUAAAA